GUCACCCUGGGCUGGAGCAGGAAAGCAGUCAUCAGAGGGAGUUCCUUGUUACAGUAACAGCAACAGAGCAGGCUCUGGAAGCACAGCCUGCCUCCCGCAACCAUGGCCAGGCUCCUGUCUGCCCUUAAUACCCUCAGACUAACCAGAAACAGCCCCGCUCCUGCCAUGUUAACCCCUGCAUCCCUGAGCUGCCUGCCCCCUCUGAGCAGGGGAAGGGGCUUCUGGCUGCUGCAGGCAUGCAGGGGGGCUGUGACCCAGGGGAGGACAAUCACAGGGGCUGCAGCUGGGGUGGUCGAAGGAGAGAAGAGGACGAAGAGCUUUCAGGAUCUCCCUGGACCGUCUCUGCUCACCAACAUGUACUGGGUGUUCCUGAGAGGAUACCUGCUGUACUCCCAUGAGCUGCAAUUCAUUUUCAGGAAGAAGUAUGGACCGGUGUGGAAAACCUCGCUGGGACAAUACAAAGUCGUGAAUGUCGGCGACGUGGAUCUGUUGGAGAGCGUCCUGCGGCAGGAGGGGAAAUAUCCGAUGAGGAGCGACAUGGAGUUAUGGAAGGUCCACCGGCGGCUGAGGGAUUACGCCAACGGUCCGUUUACAGAGGAGGGUCAUCGCUGGCACACGCUCCGCUCCGUGCUGAAUAAGAGGAUGCUGCGCCCCGCCGAGGCGGUACUUUACACAGGGGUGGUUAAUGAAGUGGUGACGGACUUUCUAGUCCGCCUCGAUGAAAUGAGAAAAGAAUCGCUGUCUGGGGUUAUGGUGAACGACGUCUCCGACGCUCUCUAUAGAUUCGCCUUUGAAGGUAUCUCAUACAUUCUUUUUGAGACGCGGAUCGGCUGCUUGGAAAACCAGAUCCCCGAAGAGACUCGGAGAUUCAUCAAAUCUAUCGGCGACAUGAUGAAAUACUCCGUCUUUGUGUAUAUAAUACCCGAGUGGGCUAACAAAAUAUUGCCCUUUUUCAAUCGCUACAUCGAGAGCUGGGACAACAUAUUCGAGUUCGGGAACAAGUUGAUCAACCAGAAAAUGAAGAAGAUCCAGGAACGCUUGGAUAAAGGCGAGGAGGUCCAAGGAGAGUAUCUGACGUACCUUCUGUCCAGCGGCCAGCUAACAGAUAAGGAGAUCUACGGCAGCGUGGCCGAACUGCUCUUGGCCGGAGUCGACACGACCUCCAACACUUUAUCCUGGGCUCUGUAUCAUCUGUCGCGUAACCCGGAGAUCCAGGCAGCGCUGUAUGAGGAGGUGGAAGGGGUCGUUCCCGGAGAUGCGAUACCCACCGCCGAGGACAUCUCCAGAAUGCCCCUGCUGAAGGCUGUGAUCAAAGAAACGUUGAGGAUGUACCCUGUCGUCCCGACUAAUUCCAGAGUUGCUGUUGAGAAACCCAUUACCCUCGGAGGUUAUUACUUCCCAAAAGAUACGCUCUUCGCUCUGCACCAUUACGGAAUUUCUCGAGAGGAAACCAACUUCCCAGAACCCAACAAAUUCGUUCCCCAGCGCUGGUUCCGGGAGGAGCGGGUAAAGAAUAACCCUUUCAGUUCCAUCCCCUUUGGCUACGGCGUCCGGGCCUGUGUGGGGCGCAGGAUCGCCGAGCUGGAAAUGCACAUGGCUCUCUCUCGAAUGAUGAAGAAAUACGAGGUAAAACCCGACCCUCGCGGCGGGGAAAUCAAAGCCAUGUCCAGAAUCGUCUUAGUUCCUCAAAAACCGAUAAACCUCCAAUUUCUGGAGAGGAAGCCGCUGCCUCGCCAGUCUCUCUGAUCGUCGCUGCCGUUCUGGGAUUUUAAAUAAGAACGAACCCCAAAAUGGCUUCAGAUGCCCCCCAAAAACAUGCCGCAGCCCUGAGGGUCCCCUCAUACAUAACUGUUUGCUAUCUGCCCCUAUAGCUUCCAUACCCGUCAGCGUUACCGAUGUUUCCGCCAGGACUGUGAGUUCCGGGGUAGUCUUUUAUAUUUGCAUAAAGUUUAAAAAAUAAUGGCCCUCUUGGGUAUUAACAUCCAAGGGAUGCCAAAU